AAAAUUAUCCUAAACGGAUCAUUUCAUUCUCCAAUGAUUUAAGUUCGACUGCUUAACAUAAAUUACCAAGUCUGUCCUGUAUGUAAUCCGGACUGUUGGAGACAUCGACCAGUACCCAUACAAAUCUCUCUGUUUCUCUUUACGGCGGCUUCCAGAAACUCAAUGACUUUUAUCUCAUCAUCGGUAACCGUGGUAAUUUUGUCGCCGCCCAGAUCACUAGUACCUACACCUUCACCACAACAUCUGUCGAUGAUAUCUUCCUUCUAUGGUUUGGUGCCAAUGCCUACUCUGGUUGGACACGUACUAAUGCCAAUUUGAUUGCAGAAUUGACCUAUCCACGACGAGAAUUCACAAUUCAUAUGGGGAAGGAGAAUAAUACCUACCCCAGUGAGAUUCUUAUGCGCAAAGGGUGACUGACCGGACUCUUUGUUCUCUCAGCUACCACACCUGAUGGAACUACUAUUUUGGACGGUAAGACGGUUGCAAGUCUAAUAAGUCUCUACAUGUUAUAGUUCUUCCAUGAUGGCACUUCGGCACCAGAAUAUACUGCUUGGGGCUCUGAAAUUGAAGGACUGUGAAUUAGAUGCCAUAUUCAGACUUUCGUGAGAUGGGACGGUAGAAUUUGGAAAGUGAUAGCUAUUGAAACCUGUUCUAAAAGUU